GGAGACAAAACAAACAUGAAUCCCAUUGGUUUUUCCCUCCUCUCCCUUGUUUCUCUUGCAAUUAUCUCAAUUGUUAUAGCCCAAGAAAGAGCCCCUCAUGGGCUUGUUUACGAGAAUCCAGAAGCCUUUUCACCAUCAGCAUAUAGCUUCUUUCAUCCCAAUGGAAGAAAGCCCGAGACCAAAGACCCAUGUGCCGAAUCCAAAUGUUCACCCUUUCCUUUAGCUGCCCAAGUGGAAGCCACUGAAAUUCAUGAAAGCAAAGCAUCAACACCCCAAAAUGGAAGGAAACAACUGGGAGGUGGUGGCAUAGCGGGCAUUAUAUUUGGUGUUGCUUUUGUUGUGCUUUUGGCAAUGGGAAUCUACCACGUAAGGGUCACUAGACGAGUCAACAUGAGUAGAGCCAAAGCCAAUAAAAGUGUUCAACCAGAUGUUUGAUAUGCCUAGUCUUCUAUAAUUCAAAAUCUUACCUUAGAUUUACAACAGAACAAGCCAUAUAAUAUAA